AUUCCAAAUGCGCCGGAAUCUGCGCAUUAGCAGUUGAGCAAGCAUCGAGGAAGGAUGACGAAUGUCGUUCAGAUGGCAUUCCGCUCUACGUUGUUAUUAUCAUUGCAAUCAUAUCGUUCGGUUUCGGUGUCGCGUUUGUCUCUAUCCUUUGGCUAAUUCACAACAAAACAGAUCCACUGCGGAAAAUUCGAUGUGCGGAACGAAGUGGACGCCGAAUGCCGCUGAAUGCAAUUUACCGCGAUCCGAUCAUUCGACCACUGAAUAAUGCCAAUGCAUUUAUGGCUGCUGGUUGUACAGCAAUGACCGAGCGACAACGACUGGUACAUGAUUCACGGCCACCGCCACAACUGCCACAGCACUGUAAAUCCAAUAACAUUAAUGAUAAUAAUAAUGGUAUUAAUAAUU